AUGAGCAGCGCACAGGCGAAGUUGGAGCUCGUCCGUCACCCUUCGUUCUCGGGCGGAUCAGAACUCACAGAUGAGGCCAGCGUUGCAUACAGUCAACAGAUCGCCGAAGCCUGCGGGAUCAACCUCGACAGCCGUAUGCUUGCAUUUUCGGCCGAACCGCCCUCAAUGGACGGCAGCAACGGGCGGGAUGCGUCCUCGGCAGUGCGGAAGAUCUACAGUCGCCACCCGAGUUUUACGCGGUCGAAUUCGAAUCUGCUGUUGAAGAAGCGGACGAUCUUGUCAAGCCCCGAGAAGGUGCUGGAUGCGCCUGGGUUGAGGGACGAUUAUUAUCUGAAUUUGUUGGAUUGGUCGUGUUCGAAUAUUGUGGCGAUCGGUUUAGAUAAGUCAGUCUUUAUCUGGGAUGCGGAGUCCGGACAUGCGGAGUCGUUGUUGACGCUGACGGGAGGGACAGAUGCGAUCGCAUCGGUAUCAUGGGCGUAUGAUGGACUGUAUCUGGCGGUGGGAACGUUUGAUGGAGAUACACAGAUCUGGGAUAUUGAGACAAAAACGAAGGUGCGGUCGAUGACGGGCCAUGUGGCGAGAGUUGGAGUCCUGGCUUGGGACAAACAUAUUUUAAGCUCUGGGUGUAGGGACGGAUCGAUUUGGAACCAUGAUGUGAGGAUUCAGAACCACAAAGUCGCGGAGCUGAUCAACCAUACGAACGAGGUCUGUGGACUUGUUUGGAGGGCUGAUGGACAGCAGCUGGCGAGUGGAGGGAAUGAUAACUUGGUAAAUAUUUGGGAUGCCCGGACGACAGCGCCGAGGUACACCAAGUCGAACCAUACCGCUGCCGUCAAGGCACUGGCUUGGUGUCCGUGGCAGAAUAACUUACUGGCGUCUGGAGGAGGCACGUACGAUAAACAGAUCCAUUUUUGGAACACCUCGACUGGUGCACGAGUGAGCACGGUCAACACGGGCUCGCAGGUGACUUCAAUCGUAUGGUCGACCGAGUACAGGGAAUUCAUGUCGUCGCAUGGGUAUCCCGACAACAAUCUGUCCGUGUACGGGUACCCGUCAAUGAACAAGGUGAUUGAUAUCCCUGCGCAUGACUCGAGAAUCCUGCACACGGCGAUUUCACCGGACGGACAGACGGUGGCGACGGUUGCGAGCGAUGAGAAUUUGAAAUUCUGGAAGCUGUUUGAGAGGCAGACUAAGAAAGAUGUGAAGGCAAAACGGAAUGCGACGUUGACGAGGGCAGGUUCUUUUGGUGGGACGCUGGGAGAUGACGAAGACGAUGAUCGGAGGGGCGGGGCUGGUGGAAGUGGAAUUGGAGGGGUCGGAGGAAGUGGGACCACGAUUAAGGGAAAGAGUAUCUCGUCAAUGACUCGGAUCCGAUGA